AUGCUGCAAAACAUUGGUGAAUACCAAAACUACGUUAAACUUACGAUUUCCGUAACCUUAGUUGAGCUACGCAAGAGUUACGAAAGUUUGGUGAAUCCGCACCCAGAAGAUCAAAAUACUGAAGAACUAUCAACUAUCCUUCUUAAGAAAAUGGCGAAAGUAUCAGCCGGCGAGAUAUCCGAAAACGUAGUUAUUGAAUAUAGUAGUGAUGAACUUACCGAUGACGAAGAACAAAAACAACUAAAGAAGAAGAAAGGAAGAAAGAAGCUGACAAGAAGAAAAGAUUUCUACUUUGGAAAAGCGACGACGGACGAAGAAGCAGAAGAACAAAGUAACACAAAAAAAACAAAACAAGAGGAAGAAGCGGAAGAAAGUAGUCGAUCAGAAGAAGCGAGCGAAAGUAAAGAUGAAAAAAUGGAAGAAACGUGGCAAAAAACCAUAUUUAAACGAAGCGCACCUCCAUCGACACCACACAAAAACGAAAGAAAAAAAAGAAUAGAAGCGAAAAACGAAAAUGGCUAA